AAUGGCACUUUCCUUCUUGAAGAUUUGUUGCUAAAUUGAUGGUCGAUGAUCAAAACUUCUCAUUCCUCUUUAACGGCCUAAUAAUCAAUCGUCUUCCUUCCUUCCUUCACAUUAACCUCCAUUUUCACCUUCUUCCACCCAUCCCAGGGUUGAUUAAAACUCCCUUCUUUUCCCAGAAGAAGAAGAAGAAGAUCAUCCAUCACAUUCUUCAUUUUUUCUCCAUUUCAUCGCCUGUCGAGUUUGAUCCCAGGAUAUAGAACUAGGGUUUCAUCUCUCCACUUCCCAUUUCUUAUAGAUAUUUUGGGUAUCUGCUGAAUUCGAACUUCACACUUGUUGUCAUAUGAAUUUGUUCAUGCGCGAUCUCCUCUGUUUGUUAGGGGGAGGUGGGUUUUUGAUGAUUGAUUCGUUUAUUUGUUGCUUGCUUACUGUUUUGAAGAAACUGGAAUAAUAGACUAGGAAGAACUCUUUUUUAACUUGAUUCAUUUGGGAGUUCUCAGGAGAUGAAGAGACCCAAAUCUGAACCUUAUGGUUUAAGGAGGCUUAAACUGCCUUAUAUUUUGUUGGGUAUUGCUGCAUUUUACUUGAUUUUUAUAUCUUUCAAGUUCCCUCAUUUUCUUGAGAUUGCAACAAUGCUUAGUGGUGAUGAUGCAAAUUCUGGUCCUGAAGAGGGGACAUCUAGUGACAAUUCCAAAGACGAUGAUUUGAACAAACCGUAUCUUUCGGUUUACAAGGAUCUGAUAGACGGGGGAUUAGAAAGUAAUGAUUUACAAAACUCACCUUUGGUUCCACAAGAGAAACCUAUUGAGGAAAGUAGAACAGAAACUCAGCUGAUAAAUCCUAUUGAGUUUAGUUAUGGUAGUAUUAUUAACAGGACAAGUGAUCUAUCUGUACUUGAUAAGAUGGCAGAUGAAGCUUGGAUUUUGGGUUUGAAGGCAUGGGAAGAAGUGGAUACAAUCCAUGAAAAUGAUAUAAGCGAAACUGCUGUACUCGAGGGGAAACCUGAAUCAUGCCCGUCGUGGGUAUCCAUGACUUCUGAACAAAUGCAGAGAGGAGAACAUAUCAUGUUCCUUCCUUGUGGGCUUUGUGCAGGUUCUUCAAUUACAGUUGUGGGAACACCUCAUAAUGCUCACCAUGAGAAUGUGCCUCAGCUGAAAAUUACAAGAGGUAAUAGCUUGGUUUUGAUAUCACAAUUUAUAGUUGAAUUGCAAGGCCUGAAAGCAGUGGUUGGGGAGGACCCACCCAAGAUUCUCCAUCUGAAUCCUCGACUUAGAGGUGAUUGGAGCAAUCAACCUGUCAUCGAACACAAUACUUGCUACAGGAUGCAGUGGGGCACUGCUCAAAGGUGCGAUGGCUUACCAUCCAAUACCGAAGAUGACAUGCUUGUUGAUGGACACGCUAGAUGUGAAAAAUGGAUGGUCAAUGAUAUUGCUGAUUCAAGAGAGUCGAAGACAACUUCAUGGUUCAAAAGAUUUAUUGGCCGAGCACAGAAGCCUGAAGUGACCUGGCCGUUUCCCUUUGCAGAGGCAAGGCUUUUUGUCCUCACUAUUCGAGCAGGUGUGGAUGGUUUCCACAUUAAUGUAGGGGGUCGACAUGUUAGUUCAUUCCCAUAUAGAACGGGGUUUACACUUGAGGAUGCAACAGGAUUAGCUAUUAAAGGUGAUAUGAAUAUUCAUUCGGUUCAUGCCACUUCUCUGCCAACAUCUCAUCCUAGCUUCUCGCCCCAAAGGGUUUUAGAAUUGUCUGAACAAUGGAAAGCUGAUCCUUUGCCCAAGAGCCCCAUUAUACUUUUUGUUGGAAUCCUAUCUGCGACAAAUCACUUUGCGGAAAGAAUGACUGUUAGAAAAACUUGGAUGCAGUCCCCGGUUGUCAAGUCCUCAAAUGUAGUAGUUCGAUUCUUUGUUGCAUUGAAUCCGAGGAAAGAGGUUAAUGCUGUUCUGAAAAAAGAGGCUGCUUAUUUUGGCGACAUUGUGAUAUUGCCAUUUAUGGAUCGGUAUGAACUCGUGGUUCUUAAAACUAUUGCAAUCUGCGAGUAUGGGAUUCAAAAUGUAACUGCUUCCUACAUCAUGAAAUGCGACGAUGAUACUUUCGUGAGGGUGGAUACUGUCUUGAAAGAAAUUGACGGGGUUUCUCCAGAUCGACCCCUUUAUAUGGGAAAUCUCAACCUCCAACAUAGACCGCUCCGGAGUGGGAAAUGGGCAGUGACAUACGAGGAGUGGCCUGAAGAAGUAUACCCUCCUUAUGCAAAUGGGCCUGGUUAUAUAAUCUCAAGUGAUAUUGCCAAGUUUAUUAUCACUCAACACGCAAACAGGCAACUAAGGUUAUUCAAGAUGGAGGAUGUGAGCAUGGGAACGUGGGUGGAACAGUUCAACAGCACAACAUUGGUUCAAUAUUCGCAUAACUGGAAAUUCUGUCAAUAUGGAUGCAUGGAAGAUUACUAUACUGCACAUUAUCAAUCCCCGAAACAGAUGAUUUGUUUGUGGGAUAACCUCUCAAAGGGUCAGGCCCGAUGCUGCAACUUUAGACGAUGACAACUCAAAAUCGUUAAUGUUGUAAACACAUGUUCUCGGCUUCCUUUUAGUUAGGGAUUUAGUUUCCAUUGUUGCUUUUACAAUUGUUAAUGGCGGCAGUUGGGAGGCCAUUUGUGAAGAUUAGCUUUAGAAGUAGGGUGGUAAUGAAAGAGGAAUUUAUC